CCUGUGCUGGCUACAAACUGUGUCCCCAGGACUGGCAGCUCCACGAGGACCGAUGCUACCGGCUUUCCAAGGAAAUUGGAAAAUGGGAUCAAAGCAAGACCGACUGCGAAAAUCAGGACUCUCAGCUGGUGGUGCUCCGGGAUGAGAAAGAAAAGGAAUACAUCAAGAAUCUGAUGGGCAGAAGCACGCAGCCGGUGUGGAUCGGGUUGAGUUUACUCCAGAAGGAGUGGAGAUGGGUGGACAACACAACCUUCGACACCAAAAAAUUUGGGACCCUGCCGGGGGUAGGAUGCGGGACACUGAAAAACAAGGAAUUGGAGAUCGAUGGAUGUGACAGCGAACACAAGUGGGUUUGCCAAAAAAAGUCGUUCCAGCUCUCCCCAGCGAUGGCAGAAGACGAUGAGCAAUACACCGGCACCAUCUGA